ACAAACGCAGCAGUGUGUGUGAAGUGUGAACUCUCUGAAGUGUUACUUAGCUCAGCUCUACAGCGAAAAAAAUGGCGUUAGUUUCUUUCAACUUCUCCGUUCCAUCGGAUACGAUUUCUAUCUCCUCCGCGUUCUCCCCCUCUUCCUCCGUCCUUCGCCGCCGUCAAUGUGUUCGUUAUCCUCGCACUUCCUUCCCUUCUCCGCUUCAGUUCCCGCUCAAAAUCUCAUGCGCUGCUGCUUCCGCCGUUUCUACUGAUUCUUCUCCUCUCGCCGCAAAAACCGAGGUGAAGAAAGAUUUUCUUCACAUAAAUGACUUUGAUAAGGACACUAUUUUAAAUAUGUUGGAUCGAGCCAUUGAGGUCAAGGCAUUAAUUAAAUCAGGGGACAGGACAUUUCAACCAUUUAAAGGGAAGACAAUGGCAAUGAUCUUUGCAAAGCCAUCAAUGAGAACGCGUGUUUCAUUUGAGACUGGCUUUUCAUUGUUAGGUGGCCAUGCUAUAUAUUUAGGACCUGAUGAUAUCCAAAUGGGCAAGCGAGAGGAGACUCGAGAUGUUGCUCGUGUUUUGUCUCGCUAUAAUGAUAUAAUCAUGGCUCGUGUUUUUGCUCAUCAGGACAUACUUGAUCUUGCCAAGUAUUCAACUGUGCCAGUUGUCAAUGGAUUGACAGACUACAACCAUCCCUGUCAAAUAAUGGCUGAUGCCCUCACUAUUAUUGAGCAUAUUGGUCGGUUGGAAGGCACCAAGGUUGUCUACGUUGGAGAUGGAAAUAAUAUUGUCCAUUCAUGGUUGUUGCUGGCAGCUGUAGUUCCAUUUCACUUUGUUUGUGCCUGCCCAAAGGGUUUUGAACCUGAUGAGAAAACUGUGGAGAAGGCACGGCAGGCUGGAAUCAGCAAAAUUGAGAUAACUAAUGAUCCCAAAGAAGCUGUCAGAGGAGCUGAUGUUGUUUAUUCAGAUGUCUGGGCCAGCAUGGGACAAAAGGAAGAGGCUGCAUACCGCCGUCAAGUGUUUAAAGGAUUUCAGGUGGAUCGAACUCUUAUGGAAAUAGCUGGCUCAAAUGCGUAUUUCAUGCAUUGCUUACCAGCAGAAAGAGGGGUGGAGGUGACGGAUGAAGUUAUUGAAGCUCCAAACUCAAUUGUGUUCCCGCAAGCUGAGAACCGAUUACACGCACAGAAUGCCAUAAUGCUCUAUGUGCUUGCCGCUUGUGCUUCCGUUUGUUGUUAUCAGCCACCGGAUUGCCAUUUGAUGUCACUUGAUCAGUUUUGAGUUUUGAAAAUUGGAAUGGACCAGGUGGCGUACUGUUUUUAAGUCAUUUUGUAUCGUUGAGGGCAAAGAUAUACCCCGAAAUUCAGCCGUCGACUAAAUAUUUGAGGUAAUAUUAAUGUUUAUCUGUUGUAGUUGGAUCAAGAUUUUCUAAAGUGAAAAAGUGAUGGUCUAAUUAUCAUUGAAUCAAGACACUGGAGUUUAAUUACAAAAUCAAUGAUGAUUAAAUAUUUACUUUUUCACUUCAUUAACUUUUUCUAGUGCAUACUUUGCUUCUAUUAUCUUAGUUGAGUUUUUAUGGUACAAAUAAAAUUUAAGUA